AAAGUCUGGGAAUAUCAAACUCAUACACGGAAAAUAAAUAAGAAUUUAGAAACCUUAGCUAAGUCACCAUGUCUCCAAAAUCAAAGGCUAAAGCAAUGUUCUUCAUCUUGAAAAUAAUAAUGUUAAAUCUUUUGCCACCAAUAUAUGCAUGUGGGCCAUGCACUCCGCCACGUCACCACAAACACCCGCCGCAUCACGGCGGAGGCCGGCCGAAAGUAUCCCCUCCGCUGCCGCCGAUCAUAAUCAACCCUCCGGUGGUACCGCCGCCGGUGGUGAUAUACCCACCACCAAUCUCACCACCGUACCCGCCGCCGCACGGUGGCAGUCCUUUUCCUCAAAGGACUUGCCCAAUUGAUGCCCUAAAAUUGGGGCUUUGCUUGGAUGUGCUUGGAGGGUUGGUGCAUGUGGGAAUAGGGAACCCAGUUGAGAACGUGUGCUGUCCCGUUAUACAGGGUUUGCUUGAUCUUGAAGCUGCAAUUUGUCUUUGCACUGUUAUUAGGGCUAAGCUUCUUAACCUCAAUAUCUUUCUUCCUCUUGCACUUCAACUCUUGGUCACUUGCGGGAAGACUGCUCCUCCUGGUUUUGUUUGUCCACCUCUGUAUUAAACCACUGCAUGCACUACUUCAUAGUACCCAAUACUUAAUAUUAUCAAGGCUAUAUAUAGUUUUAGUUAGUUACUACUUACUACUAGAUUAAUAUGUCUUUAUCUCUUCUAUUAGGGUUUAUGUAAUGACUCUUAUUUCGUUAUAUGUGUAUGGGUUUACGCUUUGAUAAUACUUCGCAGGAUUAACUUGCUACAAAGUUCGUUUA